AAAUGUUUUACUUGUAAAUUCUUUAAUGGGAACUCUUUAAAAUGUCAUAUACAGCCCUAACAAAAUAAUACAGACGUGACAGGUCUGAUAACACAACUAUGCUGAUUAUUAACUGAACAAAAAUUACCACUUGCUCUCAAAAUACAAUGUCGUGGUUUUAGUAUUUAUAUUUGAAGCAUGAGACAUACGAUAUGAGAUCUAAUGUUACCUGGAAAAAUAGGUUGGUCAAUAUAGGUGUGGUUUCUCUCUAAGUAAAGCGACCUGGGUGCUAUGGUUACAUGACAUUUGCAUGUCCCUACAAUAAUACCCAGUAACUCUAGAGACAGUACCAUAGUUACAUGGAAGGAGGGACAUUUCCUGAGCCACAGAAGAAGACGUAAAAGACUCUAGAGAAUAAGGGCUGUUAGAAGUGAUUCGUGAACGUGUCAUUCUGAAUACCUUUAACUGGGUUGGUCUAGGUUAUGUCGCCAACCUGCAAACAUCCACCCUCUCACCAGUGGGGGAAGUUUGUCUAUAGAAGAUAAGCAAAGUGGAAGUUUUGCAACCCUCACAGGGUAUGAGUUGCUUAAGGAGUAUUCUCAACCAUGUUUGAGACUGGCUUGAAUAAAAAGGAGGAAGAAAAUGGACCACAGAGGGAGGUUUGUGAUAUGGUCACGAUAUCGCUGUUAUUUCUUUAUUGUUUUUUUGGCUUUGACCCUAAUUAUCUACAACACUGACCUAGUGGAAAGGACUGAGGACUUAGUCCCUAAAUGGUGGAUGAGGUUUGGUCAAGUUGUGAGUACGGUAGUUCCUGUCAUUACUACAUACUCAAACAGUACUGCCACCGUCAUUCAGAAUGCAACUCUCCAACAAGGAAUUGAACUCAGUGUCACAAACAUUAAUACCACCAUGGAGAAUUCAACCGUGACAGAGGCACUAACUGUACCCAAUCUCCUCCCGGCAAAACAAUCAGUGCCAAUUGAACCUUAUAUUUCACCAGGAUCUUUCCAUGUGGAAUACCCUCAUGAGUAUCACUUCAUUGUGGAUGAGCCUAAGGAAUGUCAGGAGAAGAAUCCCUUCCUGGUUCUAAUGGUGCCAGUUGCACCUCACAACAGGAUGGCUCGUGAUGCCGUCCGCAGUACCUGGGGCACUGAGAGUCUGAUUCUGGGCAAAGUGGUGAGUCUGUUCUUCCUGUUGGGACUGCCAAGUGGAGAAGGGGCAGAGAAGCUCCAAGAGCAGGUGCUGCAGGAGAGCAGAGAACAUAGAGACCUUCUGCAGAGUGACUUCACAGACAGCUACAAAAACCUGACCAUCAAGACCAUGAUGAUGCUGGAGUGGCUGAGCUUUCGCUGCCCCAACGCUUCCUACGCCAUGAAGAUUGACUCAGAUAUGUUUCUCAAUGUGAACAGCCUGGUGCACAUGCUGCUGACUGCACCACAGCACGACUACAUGACUGGACUGGUGGCCAAAUGGGCACAUGUUCUACGAGACCCUAACUCCAAAUGGUACCUUCCUGAGAAUGUUUUCCCUGACAAUUUUUAUCCUUCUUAUGCUCUGGGACUGGGCUAUGUCAUGUCGUUAAACCUGCCCAGGAAGCUAGUGGAGGCAUCCAGGCAUGUUAAAGCCAUUUAUAUAGAGGAUGUCUAUCUGGGACUGUGCAUGAAACACCUGGGUAUCCAGCCCACUGACCCUCCCAGUCAGAACCUGUUUCAACUUUUUCCUGUGCCUUAUAAUCGCUGCAGCUAUUCGCAGAUAAUAGCCACCACUACAUACACUAUCACAGAUCAGGUUAACUUCUGGAAAGACUUGCACAAACCUGGACCUACGUGUUAACAUGCCAUUGGAAUAAUAGGUUUUUACAGUGAGCCAUAAACUUUAGAGAUAGUGUUGGGUGGCAGAACUAAAGAUGUUUUAUAUAGGUUAAUCUUCCAUACAGGAUGACGUUUGCUUUACUACCUGCUCAUGUUUGAGUAAAAAAGAAAGGUCAACAUCAACACUGACUUCAGUCAUUAGAGCUUUGUUACAUUAGUAUUCUGUGUAAUAUAAAAAAUAAACGUGUGACAGUGUAGCAAUAAUUCAGCAAUUGAGCAUAAACCAAAAUUACAUUAAAACAAGCCAUGGCCAUCAUCUCUAUGACAACGGUGGGAUACGGCGACAUGGUACCACGCAGCAUCCCUGGUCAGGUGGUGGCGCUGAGCAGCAUCCUGAGCGGGAUUCUCAUCAUGGCCUUCCCAGCCACCUCCAUCUUCCACAUGUUCUCCCAUUCUUACCAGGAGUUAAAAGAAGAGCACGAGAGGCUGUGGAAGGAAGAGAGGGGAGCAGAACUGGCGGCGGAUGCCCAGGAGAGCAGGAGGGACCGGGAGCUCUCUUGGCCACCUUCAGAUAAAGUCAGUUUAAUCUCCUUGGAUGAGAUGGACAAAGGUCACAAAACCACACUUCCAGCUGGAGCCUUUUGAAGACUUUGGACUUCCAUCUCACUUUUUCAUGUAAAUGAUAUGAUCUGUGCAUGGUAUACUGUACAUUGUCUCACUCAUAUCACAUUAUAUUCUACUGUAUACAAUAGUGUGUAUUAUUGUACUAAAAUUGACUUAAAAGGGUAGUUCUGCAUGUUUAUUUUGUUAUAAUCCCACCUGUAUCUAAAUCAAUUACUGUUAUUAAGACCUUAUGGUAGUUCUCAUUUUGUUGUUGUAUUGUUACAACACUAAUAGCAGUCAUGGGUGCAAUGUUGCACUCUGAUUUUACAGAAAGGACACAUUUGUUGCUAAUUAUCAUCAAAUGUAUAGUGAUGCCUAUUCAUUAUGUUUUAAAGUAUCCUUUAGUACUUUUUUCAUUAUCAUUGCUAAUUGUGCUUUCAAUACCAUUAGAACAAUAAAGAUAAUAUUCAAA